GCCAGCGAGCACUCGGCCGAUGAAGGGGGGGGCACCGGCACCGGCCCCAUCCCGACCCAUGGAACCCCCCCGGUUCCCGGUGGGAACGAAGCCGCUUUCCGGCGCCUCCGGUGCCAGCGGGUCCUGGCGCGUCGCGGCGACGGCGUCUUCCAACCGGCCGUGGUCAAACAGCUCCGGCGCGGCCAGGACCUGGGCGUCCAAUUCAGCGGCGACCGCGCCAUCACCUACUUGGAAGGGGGGUUCCAAGGGGACCCCCCCGUUGUGGUGCUGGACGCGACCCCACCAUCGGCAUCCAUCGGGGUGGGCACCCCCGUUUGCGCCCGGUUGGACCCGGCCGAGACCCUCUAUAGACCGGGCACCGUGGUGGAGGUGAGCGCCAAGCCCCCCGCUUUCCGCGUGCGCUUCGCUCCGCCCCCUUCCGCCCCACAAGUGUGGGUCCCGCGCUCCGGCCUGCGCCUCCUGCGCGCCCCAUGGAUGGACCCCCCAAUGGAACACGACCCCGACACCGCCACCACGGCGGCGUCGCCAUCGCCAAAGCAACCGGAAGACGCGGAGGUGUCGAAGCUGAGCGCGGCUCCCCCUCCCCCACCACCACCACCCCCUCAACGCAACCCCACCGGGACCCCCCCCGGCGUGACCCCGACCCCCAAGUACAAGAAGGGGGACGUGGUUUGCACCCCCAACGGCAUCCGCAAGAAGUUCAACGGGAAGCAAUGGCGGCGCCUGUGCUCCCGCGACGGCUGCACCAAGGAGUCCCAGCGCCGCGGGUACUGCUCCCGCCACCUCUCCAUGCGCACCAAGGAGCUCGAGGGGCUCCCCGAAAACCGGGGCCCGGCCCCAUCCGGGCUCCACCGCGACGGCGCCGGCGCCGACUUCGAUUGGGACGAAAGCUCCCGCGACGGCGACGCCGGGGCCCGGCUGCCGCCCUCCGACCUCUCCCGCUUCGAGUUCGACGAGUGCGAGGCCGCCGUGAUGCUCGUGUCCCUCGGCAGCUCCCGCUCCGGCACCCCCAGUUUCUCCCCCGCUUCCACCCAGUCCCCUUUCUCCCCGACCCCGUCCCCGUCCCCGUCCCCGCUCUUUGGGUUCAGACCGGCCAAUUUCAGCCCCGUCACCGCCUCCCCCCGCACCCGCGGCCGCCACCUCAGCGCCGGUACCCCCAGACCGGGUGAAGGCCUCAGCCCCCCACCACCACCACCACCACCACCACCCCCACCACCAAGGCCACGCCCCCCAUCCGGUGUGCCCCCCCCUCCGUUCCAACCCGCCCUCACCUUCACGGUGCCGUUGAGCCCCGGGAAGCGGAAGCCGGACCCGAACCCCAACCCGGACCCUCCGGAUGUGAUGGGGGGCGGGGGGGCAGCCGGGGGGGGAGGGGUUUUCCGAGCCCUCUCCCCGCUCUUCUCGCCCCGCUCCCCCGCGGGGUUAACGGCGGAUCCCGGCCCCGGUGCCCGCAGGGUCCCGGCCGUGCCCCGGGGCUCCCCCGUUAUCGUUCGCAACCCCGAGGUGCCCCUGCCCGACCGGGCCCGGCACCCCCAAACCCCCGCCCCUCCCCCACCGCCCCCCCCGACCCACCCCCAAAAACCCCCCUUGGCCACGCCCAUCCCCAUCAACGCCGCCAGGCUCCGCCCCCCCGCCAGGCCCCUCCCACCGCCGCCCCCACCCCCCAUCCCCGAGCGUGGCGACCCCUCCCCCUCGCAGCACCCGGGCCCCCCCCCAGCGCCCAUGGGUGUUGGGGGAGGGGGCGCCCCCCUGCACCCCGUCGCCUUCCACCCCUCCCCCGCUGCCCUCCUGCCCCUCCUCGUGCCCGGGGACUUCGGGGCCCCCCCGGCCCCCCGCAAGGAGAUCGUCAUGGGGAGACCCGGCACGGUGUGGACCAAUGUGGAGCCGCGCUCCGUGGCCGUGUUCCCCUGGCACUCGCUCGUGCCCUUCCUGGCCCCCUCCCAGCCCGAUGUCUCCCCCCAGCCCCCCCAGGGCCACCAGCCCGUCAAUCACCCGCCAGCAGCCAAUCAGAGCAAAGAGCCCCCCGAAUCUGCAGCCAUUGCCCCCGAGCUGGGGGCGGGGCUGGAACCGGGGCGCUGCGGGGGGGCCACUCGCCCCCAGAGCCCCCCCCCCGCUGCCCCCCCCGUGGCUCCGCCCCCCGCCGCCCCCCCGGGCCCCGAGGAGGAGCCUCCCCUCCCCCCCCGCCUGGACAGCGAGACCGAGAGCGACCACGAUGACGCGUUCCUGUCGAUCGUGGCCCCGGAGCUGCCGCUGCCGCUGGGGCCUGGGAAGCGCCGGACGCAGUCGCUGAGCGCCCUCCCCAAGGACAGGGAUGGGGACAAGGAGGGGCGCAGCCCCAGCAAGCGUGACAAGGACCACAUCCGGCGCCCCAUGAACGCCUUCAUGAUCUUCAGCAAGCGGCACCGGGCGCUGGUGCACCAGCGGCACCCGAACCAGGACAACCGCACCGUGAGCAAGAUCCUGGGCGAGUGGUGGUACGCGCUGGGGCCGCGCGAGAAGCAGCAGUACCACGACCUGGCCUUCCAGGUGAAGGAGGCGCACUUCAAGGCGCACCCGGACUGGAAGUGGUGCAACAAGGACCGGAAGAAGUCGAGCUCCGAGGGGGGGGCGCGGGGGCCGGGGGGGGCCCCCAAAGAGCCCCGGGAACGGAGCGCGUCCGAGAGCGGCCCCGCAGCGCCCCCGGCAGGCUCCGCGGACCCCCCCGAGGCGGCGGCGGGGGCGGGGCCGGCCCCGGGUGGGGGAGGGGCGCAGCGGCCUCGCGCCUUCUCGCACAGCGGAGUCCAGGGGCUGGGGGGGGCGGAGCCCCAGGGGCGCCCCCUGCGGGAGCUGGGGCAGCUGGUGUCGGGGCCUCCCCCUCCCCCCGCCCCCCGCCCUGCCCCCACCUCCCUCCCGCCGCCCCCUCCCCCCUCGUCGCGCGCCCCCCCGCGCCCCCCCCGCGCCGCCAGCGAGGAGAUGACGAGCGACGAGGAGCGGAUGGUGAUCUGCGAGGAGGAGGGCGACGAUGACGUCAUCGCGGAUGAUGGGUUCCCCCCCCCGCCCCCCACCGACAUCGACCUCAAGUGCAAGGAGCGCGUCAGCGACAGCGACAGCGACUGCUCGGGGGAUGAGGGCAAGCCGCCCCCCCACUGCUCCCAGGCAAGGUUCUGGUGCCGGUGGCCCCGCCCCCCCGCGCCGCCCCUUUCGCCCCCCACAGCGCGGCCCCGCCCCCCAGCAAGGUCCCCGACAGCUAUCAUCCAGCUGAGCCCAGUGCCCGUGGUGCCCCCCCCCGGCAGCCCCACGGCAGCAGUGGGGGGAGGGGGGGGCAGCAGUGGGGGUGGGGGUGGGGGCCCGGGGGGGCAGCCCCCAAAGGUGCUGCUCCCCUCCCCCGCCCGCAUCGCCUACGUGCACCCGGCCCCGCCCCCCGCCGGGCCCCCACCGGGUCCAGGCUCCGCCCCUCCGGGCCCAGGCCCCGCCCCCCCGGGGCAGGGCCCCGCCCCCACCUUCGUGCAGCCCCCGGUGCUCGGGUUCACGGCGCUGGGGCCGGGGGGGUCGGCGAUCGUCCAGCCCCUGCUGCCCGGCCUGUCCCCUCUGCCCCCCCCAACGCUGCCUCCAGCCUCGGCCGGGCCGGUCCUUGCCGCCAUUUACCCUGGCCCCGCCCCGGGGCCCGCCCCUGGCCCCGCCCCUGCCACCGGAUUGGUCUACAGUGUGGCGGGAACCGCCCCUUCCGUUGCCCCGCCCAUUCUGCCUAAGGGAGGCCCCGCCCCCAGCCAGGGCAAUGCAGCCCCCUUGAGCUUCCCCCCUUCUCGCCCUCCCCGCCCCCCCCUCCCGAAGCCCCCCCAAAAGGUCAAGGCCGCCAUUGCCACCAUCCCCAUUGGCUGCUACGAGGGGCCACGCCCCCCCCCGGACCCCCCCCGUGGCCCUCCUGACCCUGCCCCUCCCCCACCACCCCCUCCUCCUUCUUCCUCCUCCUCCUCUCCCCCUCCCCCCACGGCCGAAUGGGAGCCCCCCGCCCCUCCCCCACCCGUCCCAAACGACCCCCCCUCCCCCCCCACCACCGAGGCCUGGAGCCAAAGGGAGCCCGGGUACCAAGUGGCGCGCGCCGCCCCCCGAGAGCCGCCCGGAGCCCCCCCACACCGCUCCUGGCCCCUCCUCCUCCUCCUCUUCCUCCCCCCCACACCCGGAGGGGCCCCCCCGAGGCUCCGCCCCUCCUCCCCCCCCGCCGGGCCCCCCCCCGCUGAGGAGCGCAAGGAUGGGGGAGGGGCGGGGAAGAAGUGCAGAAUUCUCCCCCCUCUCCCCCCUCACGCCCUCCCCCCCAGGGUGCUCUCGGAGGUGGAUUUCGAGGAGCGCUUUGCGGAGCUCCCCGAGUUCCGGCCCGAGGAGGUGCUCCCCUCCCCCACCCUGCAGGCCCUCGCCACCUCCCCCCGCGCCAUCCUGGGCAGUUACCGCAAGAAGCGCAAGAACAGCACGGACCUGGACUCCUCUGCCGAGGACCCGGCCUCUCCCAAGCGCAGGCUCCGGCGCCGCUCGAGCUGCGGCUCCGAACCCAACACCCCCAAAAGCGCCAAGUGCGAGGGCGACAUCUUCACCUUCGACAGGCCCGGCGGGGAGGGCGAGGAUGUGCUGGGGGAGCUGGAGUACGAGAAGGUCCCGUUCUCAUCCCUGCGCCGCACCCUGGACCAGCGCCGGGCGCUCGUGAUGCAGCUCUUCCAGGAGCACGGCUUCUUCCCAUCCGCCCAGGCCACCGCCGCCUUCCAGUCCCGUUUCUCGGACAUUUUCCCGUCCAAGGUCUGCCUCCAGCUCAAGAUCCGCGAGGUGCGCCAGAAGAUCAUGCAGGCGGCCACGCCCCCCGAGCAGGCCCCGCCCCCGGACCAGGCCACGCCUCCCGACCAAUCCACGGCCCCCGACGCGCCAGGCCCCGCCCCCAGCGCUGCCGAACCCGCACACAACCCCCACGAAGCCACGCCCCCUUCGCCCGCCGCAGGGGGCGGGGCCCGCUGAGCAUUCCGAGGCCAC